AUGAAUCCAUACAAGCUACCCUCCACUCAGGAGGACCCGCCACUAUUCGGGGACAAUGGAGUCAAUAACAACAAUAUCGAUGAAGCGCAUUGUGAUUUGGUCGAUUCUCUGGAUCGCCUGACUCUGGCGACAGCGACCCCAUUGCCUCCAUCACCUCGUCUUUCUGCUAUUCCAUCCUAUCUUCCCCCUAAAUAUGUUCAAACUACUCGACCUGUACCUGUUAUUCCUCUACAGCCCAACCAACCUGUUCAAUCUGUCACUUUACAAUCAAAUCAGCCUGUUCAAUCCGUUCAAUCUGUCUCAUCCCAAGCAGCCGGUUCUGUUUCUGUUCGAGACGAACAGCGCAAGUCAAUUACACCACUACAAAAGCGCAAGUCCGCUGCAUCUCUUCGGUCGACCUCACAACCGCUCAAACCUUCAUCUCCAGCUACUGAUCCUUCACGUCGCACCUCACUCACAUCUGCUGGGUCGCUGACCAGCGCAACAUCACCCGCGAUGCAUCCCGCCCGCCUUGUCUUCAGCCCAGCUCCGGAAGUUCCAAUUCCCACUGCUUCGUCUGUCGCCGCUGAGCACUUCUCAAAAGAGCUUGAAUUUCACCAAUCUGGUGAUGUCAAUACUCAAACUGCUGUUAUUCUCCAUGACGACUGUUACGGCCAUCGCUACUCCCAGCUUGAAGCUCCAAAACGGACUAUCGAGAGAAUUGUUGAAAGACCAGAGCGCAUCCGCGCCUGCGCUGUAGGCAUCUCUGCAGCAUAUGUCCUCCUUGGCUCUCGGUAUGCGGAAGGCCUCACGCCAACCCCAAGUUUGAACUUGGAUAAGAUCAAUGUUCCUUUUCAAAUCAUCAAGACUGAUCGCAAGGUACAUUUGUCUGAUACUGCCGUUACGGAUGUCCAUGGAACCCAAUGGAUGUCAGAAUUGAAGUGGAUGGGGGACCUUGCAGAGUCACGCCUCAUCUUGGAUGGUAAUGAACUUGCCAGGCAACGGACGGAGGAACACGAUGGGCUUGGGACAACUGGUCCCGCUCUAAAUACCAACGACCUCUACCUAUGCUCAGAGUCUGUCAACGCAUUUCAAGGAGCCCUGGGGGGCGUCUGUGAGGGGGUGGAUCUUGUUUUCAACUCUGGUUCGAUUCAGCGCGCAUUUGUCUGCAUUCGACCUCCCGGUCAUCAUUGUUCAGCUGACUUCCCUUCCGGCUUUUGCUGGAUUAACAACGUUCAUGUCGGAAUUUCCCACGCAGCGACAGUCCACGGUCUGACUCACGCUGCAAUCCUAGACUUUGAUCUUCACCACGGCGAUGGGUCUCAGGACAUUACAUACGAUCACAACACCAGAUUACUCAACAGAGCACAAAAGGCCAACUUGGCCAAAGUUGAUGCCAUGAAAUUCAAGGAAUAUGAAGAUGCUCCUCCGUACACCAAAGCGGCAAUUGGCUACUACAGCUUGCACGAUGUGAACUCUUUCCCUUGCGAGAAUGGGGAGCGCGACAAAGUCAUGGGUGCAAGCCUCUGUGUCGAAGCACACAAUCAAUCCAUAUGGAAUGUUCAUCUUGAUCAGUGGGCCGACCUUGAUGAGUUCUGGGAAUUAUACCAGACAAAAUACAAUACAUUGCUCACCAAAGCCCGCUCGUUUCUUCGGGGGCGUACAAUGGAACUCAACCAAGAACGACAAGAGAAUCCGAAUUCCCCACUGCCCAAGGCGGCAAUCUUUAUCUCUGCUGGGUUUGAUGCCAGCGAAUGGGAAGGGAAUGGCAUGCAACGCCACAGCGUGAAGGUGCCAACUGAAUUCUAUGCCAAGUUCACUGCGGAUGUCAUCCGCAUGUCACAAGAGGAGGGCCUCGGUGUGGAAGGGCGCGUCAUCAGCGUCCUCGAGGGCGGCUACAGUGACCGCGCGUUGUCCUCUAGUGUGCUCAGUCAUCUCUCAGGUCUCAAUGAAACCUCAGAGUACAAGAAUGAGUGGUGGUCUCACAAUCAGCUGAAAGAAUUGGAUGCCAUAAUGGCUCCAACGCCUAGCAAAGGGCGCAAGAAGAGUGCCGCCACCUACCUGACAGCCACUAAGUCCUUUGCCGCAAAGGUCAUUGCCCCGGGGAGAGAGCGGAAGUCCACCGAGGACCUCAAUGCUGCCAUCGCCUCCCCUGUGCCAGAAGUGAGCUGGGCGGUAGCCACCGAGGAGCUGUCGAAGCUCAUAAUCCCCGGUGACCGUCAGACUCUGAGCUGCCGCCCGGCGGAGUUGAACCGCCAGCGACGAGAGCAGAGCGCCCAGGAUGGGGGUCUCGACAUCCUCGUCCCCGAAAAGGGGCGCCAGCUGCGCUCGCGCAAGCCCAAGGAGUCGACCCCGGCGCCCGCCACUCCCCGCCCUGCCACACCACGGCGCCAGGCCCGCAGGGGCGUGAAGACCCCAAAGACCACCACUGCCGCCACGACCCUCCCUGCGGCCUCCCGCGAGGACUCCCCGUCUGUGGGUGCCUCCCGUCGGAAGAGCACCAGUUUGACGCGCGCGGGAACCCCGCGCCGGGGUAUUCCAACAUCCGUGGGGGGAGUCGGGGGCUGCGCCCGGAUCAUUCUCAACAUGCCGGCGCGGGAGCCCGGUCGUGGUCGCAAGUUGUCCGGCGGUGCGGUUGACCACCACCGCCGUGGUCGAGGCUCAAAGUCUCCCAAGAAGGGGAAGAUGAAGCGGAGGAGCAACUCCGGCGGAAGCUCGGGUGCUUCCAUCGGCAGUUCUCCUCUAGUCACGGCCAAGGAUGCCGUGAUGGAGGGUGCUUAA